CAGUCAAGUCAGUCGCCAAAUCAGAUCAGUUUGAUUGAUCAGUAAAAAUUGUUGAACUGCUAGCUGGCAAGAACUGUUUUGCAGAUAUUAAGUAUUGAUUUUCUCGUAUUGUUUAUAUAAUGGAACCAAAUCCUGUAAUUAUUGCUGCUACAGCUAAACAAACGGCAUCUCUUAUAUUUCUUCAUGGUCUGGGUGACACUGGCCAUGGGUGGGCAAAUACUAUCGCGGCUCUCCGUGGGCCCCACAUAAAAGUAAUAUGUCCGACAGCUGCAACUAUGCCAGUGACGUUAAAUGCGGGUUUCCGUAUGCCGUCAUGGUUUGAUUUACGGACUCUGGAUGCUACUGCUCCUGAAGAUGAAGAGGGUAUAUUGAGAGCUACUGACCUUGUUCACCGUCUCAUUGCCAAUGAAAUUAAAGCUGGAAUACUUCCUAAUAGAAUACUGUUGGGUGGAUUUUCUCAAGGAGGAGCUUUGGCUCUUCAUGCUGGUUUGACAUAUCCAGAACCUCUUGCUGGAGUAAUGUCCUUGUCCUGCUGGUUACCCAGACAUGCCCACUUUCCUGAUGCAGUGAAGGUUCCUGCAGAAAUGCUGAUAUUUCAAGCUCACGGUGACUGUGACCCAGUCGUUCCAUUCAAAUGGGGACAAAUGACAGCUUCAUUCCUCAAGACAUUUAUGAAGAAUGUUGACUUCACAACAUACCAAGGAUUGACACAUAGUUCUUCAGAAGCAGAACUUAAAGAUAUGAGAGCAUUUAUAGCAAAAACUCUGGGUUAAAGAAAUUUUUGGGAUCCUUAUAAAAGUACAGAAAUUAUUUAUGAUCCCCGUCAUGUUAAAAUAGGUACAUAACAUAACUGUUAGUAACUUAAUACUUGGAACCUUGGCUGUAAAUCCGUCAUUUUACUAUCUUAUUCCAUUCCAUUUGAUAGAAUCAUGGGCAGUUUUCUGUGGAAUUUGGGUUGUAAUUCCAACAGACCUGAAAUUAGUGUAAGGAGUUGCGCCUAGCUAUCAUUUAAACAUGAUGUAAGUGUAUCUAAUAGCAACUGGGUUUGCCUACUGUCUUUGUGUCCCAUUACCUAACCUCUUCUAGUAGACGUAAUACAUAAUCAUUACAACCUCUCAUGUAUUAUAGAUGUCAGAUAGAUAUCGUAAUCGGGUUCGUGUUCAAUACGAUGUUUUCGAUGCGAUUCCCAAGACAAACUUGGAAAGUUUUCAUUGCUUUAGAAGGCACAAUAAACCGAAGGUGGGGGCGCGUUAACAUAGGUAUCACGACAUCGUUGUGGUGGGUGGAUCUCUACAUCCCAACCACGAUAUGCAUGAGAGCAACAAUAAAUAGGCCGAUGAUGUGUUAAAUUAGUUUAAAAGCUUAAUUUCCUGAUAAUAAAUAAAAGUAUCUAACACACUCAGUGAGAAACAGCGUUAUUAUGUUUUAAUAAUUAGCUUCCAGAUAUAACAAUGUAGUAGCGAGCAGGCGAAGCAUCAUAAAUAAAUACUGCCUAGCCUAUAGAUAGAUAGACAAACCACUGAAACUCGAGUAAAAUUAUAAAUUUACUAGAUGUGGCAUACAAACCAAAACAGAAACACCAUACUAAUCAUUUUUUUUUCUAUUAUUCCAUUAGUUUUGUGUUUGCAUACAUACAGUUCUUUGUUAGGUAGGUAGAUAUUUUUUUUAUUGUUUUUUAUUAUAUUUUAUUGUUCACGUCAAACUAAAAUAGAGUUAUUUACUGAACAAAGUUUAUGUUCUUUUCUAUUUAUCUGUAUUUUUUGUUCAUUAUUAUGUAAAUACCCUCAAAAUAAAUUUCCUGUCAUUCCCUAACUAUUCUAGGUUGAAUCAUAGGCCAGUCUUAUAGUAAAUUACUUUUAAGAUUUCGCGGCAAAAUAAAAAUCUAAUUAGGUAUUUUGCAAGUUGAGGAACUUUCAGGAUUUAAUGAAGUAACUGCUCAUGCUGUUGCAGAUUAGAGCUUUGUCCAUAUAAUAGUCGAUUUUUUUUUUUAACAAAGGAGUAUUGAGUGUAUAUCUCGCACAUUUCCGGUAUUGACGAGAGUGAGAUGGGUCAGUCGGGGCGGGGUCAGUCAACACGUAUUCUUAAUUUGUAAUUGUUAAGGACACAUUCAUAUUGACUAUUUAUUGUAGAGAUUUUUUAGCAACACCUAUUGAACAUUCAUUAAAUAAUUGCAAUUUCCAAACAGCUACCAACUAACGUAUUUACAUAAACAACCUCAUCCUCCGAGACCUUUUCCCAACUAAGUUGGUGUCGGCUUCCAGUCUAACCGGAUGUAGCUGAGUACUAGUGCUUUACAAGGAGCGACUGCCCUAACUGACCCCCUCAACCCAUUUACCCAGGCAACCCAAUAUCCCUUGGUUAAAGUGGUGUCAGACUUACUGGCUUCUGACUACCCGUAACGACUGCCAAGGAUGUUCAAUGACAGCCGGGACCUACAGUUUAACGUGCCAUCCGAAACACAGUCAUUGGUGUCUAGUUAAACUUAGAUAGUACAUACAAACUUAGAAAAGUUGCAUUGGUACUUGCCUGACCUGGAAUCGAACCUGCGCCCUCAUCCUCGAGAGGUUGGUUCUUGUGGAACGGACUUGGUUGUUUCUAUAAAAAUCACCCAGAAACCCAGUGAAAAUCUGCAGCAAGUUCUCGUUUGUUAAAAAAAAAGACAGAGUAUAGUACUUACGUUAGUAGUAGUACCAGCAUAGAAGCAUUAGAUAUGAAACAUUAUUUUAAUGAUAUUUCGAUUUGGCGAGAUUCGGCAAAUUAUUGUACAUAUCCAUUGGCAAUUCGUGAUAUUGAUUUUCGUUGAAACAUGGUUUUAACGAAACCUGUUUGUAAAUAAUGGUACCAACCAAAGAUUGUCCAAAAGGUAACACGGUUUUACUAUCGCAUUAAUAAAAAAAGAAAAUUCUGUUGGAUCUACAACUAGUUUUCCCGACACUCAUUGCUGCUUGUAGGUAUUUAAGGAUAAUAUAUAAAAGAUGAUACAUAGUUAGGUGCAGGUCUACACAUCAUAUAUGGCGUAGCGUAAAUACCAACUCUUUGUAGUCCUAUUACGCGGUUUUAUCACGAUGAUUUUGUUCUCGUCGCUCACACUACUUGAUUUGAGCAUCAGGACCGAUAAUUAUACCCACUAACGGUACACAAGCCAGAGAUAACCAUAUGACCGCGCUCUUUGCACCCUAUGGCAGCAUAACACUCAAUGGGCACCCUAAUGGUGCGUCCUUUGUGAGCGAUCCGGAUGCGAAUGCGAAGCGGCGCAGCGAGGCGCGACAACAACAAACAGUCGAUUUCUUUUGAAGUGGCCGACGACGCUGACGUGGCGCAGGGGUCCGAAUUGAAUAGAAAUUGAAUUGCAAGAGCAGUUAUAAACUUAGCGGGCAUUCUGCUACUAAUAUAAGAACAAUCAUAUUGCAAUCGUAAAUCAUUAGCAAGACAAACGAUUCAUUAUUGAAUGACAGAAAGGGAUAAAAACGUUUAUUUCAAAGUAAUCGCGGAAUGCCACAUACGCUUCAAUCGUAAUCGAGUCGUGAUUGGAUCUCAGUCGGAUGUGAAUCGUACGUCGCUUAAGUAUAGCAGAAUCGUGCCCCAGUACUGCGCGGUGCAGCACACAUUCGACAUUUUGCUUCGAAUAGCUUCACAUUCGCAUUGAUUCGUUCAAGAAGGACGCACUCUUACAGCCAGUUUCUUCAUCAAAAGUAAAAGCCAAAGUAAUGUCAUAAAGUGAAAGUAACGGUCAAAUUCGUUUUUUCAAGGCUGAGUAGCAGCAAAACUAAUAGAAAAAACUAAUUUGACCGUUACUUUUACUUUAAGACAUUACUUUGGCUAAUACUUUUGAUUAAGAAACUGGCUGUUAGACUUCAUUUGUAAGAACUAAUAGCUUCAAAAAAUUACGCUUUAAAACGGCCAUUAAAUAAAAAAAAGAGAUUAUUUUCGUAUGUUUACUUCACUUACGGCCAGUUUCUUUAUCAAAAGUUAAAGUUAUGGCCAAAGUAAUGUCUAAAGUAAAAGUAACGGUCAAAUUCAAUUUUUCUAUUAGUUUUGCUGUCACUUCCUUGGAAUAACUUUAACUUUUGAUGAAGAAACUGGCCGUUACAGUCAGUUUCUUCAUCAAAAGUAAAGGCCAAAGUAAUGUCGUAAAGUAAAAGUAAAAGUCAAAUUCGUUUUUCACGAUUUUAUCUACUUAUUAGUUUUGCUGUUACUUUAGUAUUGAAAAAACGAAUUUGACCGUUACUUUUACUUUAUGACAUUACUUUGGCUUUUACUUUUGAUGAAGAAACUGGCUGAUAAUGUCAUAGUCAAAUUUUUCAAUCGAUAAUGGGAGUAUCCAAUGGUAUGAUAUGCACACUUAUCUAAUUGGUAUGUACUAAGGUUUUAUUCUUGUAUAAAAAUAUACUUAUUAUUUUUGGCGUAUUCAAAAAAAAUCUAGCCAUAUAAAAUGUGUAAUACUGUACAUACGUAGAUAUUAUUCUUGUAAAGUUAGGAGGAACCCCAAUAAAGUUUUCUUGAAAACA